UCAUUAUUUUUGUCUUAUCCAACAUUGUGAGCACUGAGCACUGACUCACAUGGGUGUCCCCAUACCGAUAUCUCUUCAACAUUAAUAUACAACUCACACUGAUUGCUAUUAUAAAAUUGUGCAACAAGAUAAUAAACCAGUUACCAAGUCUCUUUGUACAAGAUAGCUCAGCUCACUGUGUGAUACAGAGAGAACUCUUCACCUUUUGAAAUGGCAGAGACUCCAGAACUGCAGCUUAGCAUAAGAGACCAAGAACAUAAUGAGAACCAGAACACAAACUCAUCAUCAGCUGGAUCAAGAAACAUAAACUUCAAAAAAUGGAUCAAAAUGGGCAUGUAUAUGAUCUUCUUCUUCGCAGGGCAAGCAACAGGAACGAUGUUAGGAAGAUUGUAUUACGCUCAAGGUGGACAGAGCAAAUGGUUAUCAGCUCUGCUUCAAGCUAUAGGCUUUCCUCUUCUUCUUCCAUUGUACUUCAUUUCUCCAUCAUCACCAUCCUCAAACCCUACCACAAAUGGUGGAAACCAGACAAAACCACCUUCUGUCUUAGCCUUAGCAAUGGUUUACACAAUACUUGGUUUGCUCACAGCAGUAGGUUGCUUCUUGACUGCGUAUGGACUUUCUUACCUCCCGGUGUCUACCUUUUUGGUCAUCAUGUCGUCGCAGCUGGUUUUCACUUCUUUGUUCUCCUACUUUCUCAAUUCCCAAAAGUUCAACGCUUUCAUUAUCAAUUCAGUAGUGCUUCUCACCAUCUCCUCCACUCUCGUUGCCUUUCAACCCGGGUCUUCGAAGCUCACCGGAGUUUCAAAAGCGAAGCAAGCGAUAGGAUUCAUUUGCGCUUUAGGUGCUUCGGUUUGUGCAUCCCUUAUGCUUACCCUAACACAGUUCUUCUUCAGGAAAGUUAUAAGGAAGCAAACUUUCAACGCCAUGCUCGACGUGAUAAUCUACGAGUCGUUGGUAGCGAGCUGUUUGAUACUGAUUGGUUUCUUUGUUAGCAAAGAGUGGAAGAGCUUGAGCAAAGAAAUGGAAGUGUUUGGAUUGGGAAAGGCUUCCUACGUAUUGACUGUUGUAUGGCAAGCCACCAGUUACCAGCUUGGCCAAAUUGGUGCAUUGGGACUUAUAUUUGAAGUGUCUUCUCUGUUCUGCAAUGUAAUGGGUUUUUCGACUGUUCCUGCUGUUCAAAUUCUAGCAGUGAUUAUUUUCCAUGAUGAAGUGGAUGGUGUAAAAGUGAUUGCUAUGAUUUUGUCAUUUUGGGGCUUUGUUUCUUAUGUCUAUCAGCUCUAUCUCGAUGACAUCAAGUCCAAAACAGCUCAGUUAAAUGCUUCAUCUUCCAACGGAGAGAGGUUAGCAAAUGAUCUUCAUCAACAAGGCAUAUAAUACUAUGUAAUGUCAAAUAAUCAUGGAGUACUCUACUGCUCUACUUCCCCAAAAUUUUGUUUCGGUUUCCUCUUCCAGUGGAGUCAAGGAUCUAUAUGUAGUAAUAGUACUCUUAUGUAAGACUCAAGUAUUUUUCGUCGUCUUGUCCCUAGCUUAUAUCUACAUCUAUGUAUUUGUAUGUGUACAUGUACAAGCAAAAUGUAUUAUCCAGUGAUUAUUCAUGUGAUAAGAUGUAACAUAGUGAUGCUGGUUGGAAAUUCGAAAAUAAUCAUUUCAAAAACAAAUAAAAGCUGCAUAAUAAAGGCUUAAUUAUAA